GCAUAGUCUGCACUCAGAGCUGGCUGCUCCUGCCCUCCUCUGGAACCCUGACUAGCUUCCUGUGCUCUUGAAGCUGGCUGGCUCUUCCUGGCCAUUCUGAUGCAUAUUUUAUAGUAUACAAAGUAUUUUGGGGUCAUUUUGAAUGGAAGAAAAUGUCAAGCACUCAACUGUUCUUGUUGUUAUAAUAGUACAUGGACAUGUGGAAAACACUCUGAAAUGGAUCUGAGGACAUGGGUACUCCUCCUUCAAUGACUUUAAGUCCCACGGAAGACUUGAUAUGGAGCUCCCUAGGUUUAUACAGAUGGAAUGAAUCAUGUCCUUUUCCACCAGAGGAGUUCAAUGCCAGAACUUGCCUCCCCAGCCCACGUGCGAAUAUGGCAGUCCAGAUCUACUGACUCAUUUUACACGGGGCAUGUUGUUCGUAACUGGAAAGUGAGAUGGUUUGUUCUGCUUCAGGAUAAGCUGCUGUAUUACAAAAUUGAAGGAGGCAAGAAGGAGCCUUCUCCAAAGGGCAGGAUCCUUUUGGAUGGCUGCACUAUUACCUGUCCAUGCCUGGAAUAUGAGAACAGACCGCUACUAAUCAAACUAAAGACAAAAACCAAUACAGACUAUUUCCUUGAAUGUUGCUCCAGGGAGGAGCGUGACUCCUGGGCUUUGGACAUCACUGGAGCUAUUCAUGCUGGUCACCCAGUACAGGUACAAGAACUUCACAGAAUGAAGAACUCUUUCAAACUGCUAGAUAAUAUCAGCCUCCAUGACAUAGUGGAGAGAAUGUAUGACAGCAAUACUGGAAUUAAACUGACCCGCAACUUGGAUCAAGGCAACAGAUAUAAAGAGACCUUCACAGGUUCUUCCCUGGUGGACUGGCUCAUUUCCAAUAGCUUUGCUGUGUCACGAUUCGAGGCUGUCACCUUGGCAUCCAUGCUGAUGGAUGAGAACUUCAUCAGGCCUGUGGGAACCCGCAGCACUGAGGCCAUGCGCUUCAGCGACCCCUCUGAGAAAUUCCUUGAUGACUCCACCGCACUGUACAUGUUUGCUGAGAACAGUAAGAAAAAUACCAGUUCCAAGGAAGAGGUACAAUUUAACAUCUCUGAAUUAAGCGGCACAAUUGUGAAGCAAGGAUUCUUAGUGAAACAGGGGCACAAGAGGAAAAACUGGAAGGUGAGGAGAUUUGUUUUGAGAGCUGAUCCUGCUUUUUUGCACUACUAUGACCCCACUAAGGAAGAAAACAAGCCAGUCGGUGGAUUCUCCCUCCGAGGCUGUCUUGUCUCAGCUCUAGAGGACAACGGAGUCCCAGCAGGAGUGAAGGGCAAUGUGCAAGGCAAUCUCUUCAAAAUCAUCACCAAAAAUGACAUUCAUUAUUAUAUCCAGGCCAGCUCCAAGGCUGAGCGAGUGCAGUGGAUUGAGGCAAUCAAACCACUGACAUGAGUAACGUGGACUCCAUGCCAAAUGACAAAUCACAUUUGUGACCAAGUUUUCUGCUCUCAUUUUCUGGGAGUAUUGUUAUCCCCUUGAUAGUCUAUUUCUGUUAUUUGAAUUAUCAUAGCACUUAGCAAUUCCUGGUAGACCAGCAUCCUAGGCGUCUUAAAGUCAUAUAGACCGAGAAUAAUUCUCCACCAAGAAUUUACCGUCUAACAAAAAGACAAAAGACAAUAGGUGGAUACAGACAAAUGGGGCUUUACAAUGAAAUGAUGAGAUACAAUAUUCCAAGACAGAAGAAAAGAAUCUUUUGUACAAGUAUUCAGUUUAUACCUGACAGAUCCACAUUGUGCUUUAUCUUAAAGCAGAAAUAUCUUGCUCAUUUCCCCUCUAUAAAGGGGCUCAUAAAUUAAUUAGUUAAGACUGAAACAUCAAAGUCAUGAAAGGUGCUGAUGUCUGAGGCUGCCUUUCUUGGUAUACCACACGAAUCUUGUGCUAAGCCACAAUCCAGCUGCCAGGAUAAUCAGUACUGCAAAACAAACAAGGGAUCUGUCUGUCCAUCCAUCUGCUUUACUGUUUGGCUCUCUGUUAGACUUGAAAAAACCCAAAGCAUCUUCCUCUCCACUAUAUAGAUUGCUCUUGUGCUGGUAAUGAUACCAGACAGUACAAGAUCCUGAGUAUCAAAUCAGACCAGUAGCAGUUCCAGGCAAUUGCUGGUACUGAAUAUAUUGGAAGAAAUCACUCAGCUAUAAAAGCGAGACUUUUCCUUCGAUUAUCAUCAUAAGUUCAUUUAUGUUGGAGAACCAUUUGGACUGAGAAUUACAGUAGCAGAUAUGGCUAUUGCUUCUUCUAUCUUAGGUCAUUAGUUCUUCCAUUAUUUGUCUACUAAACUUGUCUUUGAUAUCAUUAAAUAUUAAAAAAAAAACAACCCCAAAACCAGUGCAUUUGAAUAUCCUGUGCUCUUUAGAGAUAUGAUUUUUCUCAGAGGGCAGUUUGAGUAUAUGAAAAAUAAUGGUUUCAUUCACUGUAAUUUUAGAUUUAUACAUAAACUGAGACACCAGAGGGUAAAAUGGAAUGUAGGAAAUUAUUAAAACACCUGAUAUACUACUUUCAUAAAAUUCCUAGUUUUAUCUUAGUACCUGUAUCUGACAGCCAAACUCUUCAGAGCCUUCAAAAGCCCUCUGAAGGCAACAUGCUAUAUCUUCCCUGAAGUCACAGAGGAAUUUGAUAGCUCUCUGUCCACAGUUCCAUCUCUUUGCAGAUUUUAUGUUCUCCAAGUUGUGUACUAAAAAAAAGUCUCAUCACCAAAGGCAGCAUAUGAUAUAUGCUUAUAUAUUUAUUAGAAUAGCCACGUAUGUAGGACUUGCUUCAAAAGCUACAGCAAUAAAAUAACAGCACAAUGCUUACAUGUGUUCAAAUAUUUAACAGAGUUUAUUUAAAGAAGUUUGCCAGCAAAGAUGCAGUUUUAAUUAGAUACAAAAGUGGGCAAUGCAGUUUCAGCUACAGAUACAUUUCCUAGGCCUGGUCCAGAGAAGACUGUGAAAUCCACAGCUGUUGAAACCCUUCAACUCAGGAAAAGCUACCUGGAAGAGACAGGGAUGUUGAGAAGGAAUUUAUUGCUCUGUACUCGGAAGCCCAAAUGGCUUUGUGUUGAUUGAGCAGAGCUUCCAGAAAAAGCAGUUCCCUCCUGACAAUGUGAGCCUUGCUGGGGACCAUCAGAUUCCCUUAUUGACUUACAAGAAAAUCUCCUGCUUCUCUUUUCUCAGUCCCAUUACCUGCAUAAUGCCCAGUUCUAGUCACAAGGCUAGCAGCCACCCCAUUGCAGAAGACUGAGCUCUGUCACCUGGCAUGCAUGGGAGGUUAAGGAAUCAUAAGAAUGUGAGAUACUGCACAGCAUCACAAAUCUUGCAGUUUGGGAGGCCAAAAGUGUAUCUCAGCAAUAAGUCUCAGAUUUACCCAGACUAGCCAUAGCUCUGCAAUUGCUGACUGUGUAUGAGAAAAAAAAGCUUACAUCUCAAACACAUCAGCAAAUUAAAAAAAAUAUAGUUCCCACUCUCCAGAAUCAUCCAGAGGAAAGAGAUAAAACAUUUCUCAGACAAGAAAAAGUACAUAUUCCUCUGUUCCCCGGUGAUAUUGAGGUCUCCUCUUUUCAAGCCACUUUGGUAAGCUUGAUGUCCCCUGAGAUCUGCAAAACUUUAACCAAGUUCAGAGGCUGAAUGCGGUGAGUGAAGUCACAGAGCUGCCGUCCAUCAAGCAGGACUCGUAUUUGCUGGUGUUCACAUAAGAGCUCCAUCUGCAAUGGAAAAUG